AUGCGGCUGUGCCGGGGCCGCGCGCUGGGCAUCGGGGUGGCGGUGGCCCACGGGCUCUUCUCGGGCUCGCUGAACAUCCUGCUCAAGUUCCUCCUCAGCCGCUACCACUUCGCCUUCCUGACGCUGCUGCAGUGCCUGAGCAGCGCGGUGGCCGCCCUCAGCCUGGCGCUGCUGCGGCACCUGGGGCUGGUGGCCCUGCCCCCCUUCGGGCUCAGCCUGGCGCGCCCCUUCGCGGCCGUGGCCGCGCUCUCCACGCUGCAGUCCAGCCUCACCCUGUGGGCGCUGCGCGGGCUCAGCCUGCCCAUGUACGUGGUGUUCAAGCGCUGCCUGCCCCUGGCCACCCUGCUGCUGGGCGUCCUGGUGCUCAAGAACGGCGGCCCCUCGGCCGGGGUGCUGGGCGCCGUGCUCGUCACCACCUGCGGGGCAGCGCUGGCAGGAGCUGGUGACCUGACUGGUGACCCCGUAGGGUAUGUGACAGGAGCACUGGCUGUGCUGGUACAUGCUGCAUAUUUGGUGCUCAUUCAAAAGACAAGUGCAGAUAGUGACUAUGGACCCCUGACAGCCCAAUAUGCCAUUGCUGUUUCGGCUACUCCUUUUCUCAUUAUCUGCUCCUUUGCCAGCAUGGAUUCCAUCAACGUCUGGUCUUUCCCAGGCUGGAAGGACCCUGUCAUGACAUGCACCUUUAUUGCUUGCAUCUUGUUUGGCUGUGCCAUGAACUUUACCACCCUUCACUGCACCUACAUUAACUCAGCUGUGACCACGAGCUUUGUUGGGGUGGUGAAGAGCAUAGCAACCAUCACAGUGGGGAUGGUGGCAUUCAAUGAUGUGGCACCCACAAAGCUGUUUAUAGCAGGUGUAGUGGUCAAUACCUUGGGCUCUGUCAUUUACUGUGUGGUCAAGUACAUUGAGACCAGACGGCAGAGCAAUUAUGAAGACCUGGAGAAAGAAGCUAGAGAGGAAGAGGAGAAGGGACAUGUUGGAGGCCAACCACCAUUUGUAAUGGAGGAGAUAUCCAAGGAGAAAGGGACUGAAGAGACAGCUGUAAAGGAAUCAGCAACUGGGGAUAGUCUGUGUGUAGAGGAACAGAAGGACAGCACUGUGGAGACAGCAAAGGUGCCCAUUGUCCAAAAAGAAGCUAGCACUGAAGAAGUUAACAAGAGCUCAUUAAAAGAGGCCUACCUUGGAGUAUGGAGGUUGGUUAGGGGGACUAAUUAUAUAAAGAAAGAUUAUUUAAUAGAAAAUGAGGAAUUACCAACUCCCUGA